AUGGCGGUGAUUUUACCUGAAGCCGGCAUUGAGAAAGCGGAUCGAGUAUGGAAUGACACAGAUCCACCAUCCUCCUCCUCAUCAUCAAAUGGCUCCUCAUCACCUAAAUCCUCAUCACCAAUCCCAACAAAGAAACGCGUCAAAAUCCAACAGGAAAACAAUUCGGAAACGUUCUUUAUCAGAUGGAUUUGUGCCUUCUUCCGUGUCUGGGCUCAUUUCAUUGCCCGUCAUGCUGUCAAAGUGAUCAUUGCUUGCAGUAUUCUUUCACUCAUCGGCGCCAUCAAAUUGGCCACAACACCAAAUGAGAACGAGAUCGCUGGAUGGACCCCAUAUGGAGCGAGAUCGUUGAGCGAAUUGGAAGUUUCUCGGGAGUUCUUUGGCAAUAAAGAGCAAAUAAUCAGUGUUAUGUUAAUCCUUUUGGCAAAAGAUGGAGGAUCAAUGCUGACAACGGAAAGAAUGAACGAGAUUAAAAGGAUUGAAGACUUUGUGGCUAAAAAUUUCACAAUGUUCAACAAAGAGACGGGGAAAUGGGAGAAUUUCCGAAAAUUCUGCUACUCAUUCUGUCAACUCAACGAUCCACUCAUUCAUUUUGCGAAUGGUUUCAUCAUGCAAGAGGAUCUUCGAUUGAGAGGAGAACCGUUGAAUGAUCGGAUUGAGUUGUCCUAUCCGGUUACAUCAAUGUACGGAAGAACCUUCAAUGUUCAGCCGUCAUUCUUCGGCCUCGACUUCUUCAACAACAACACUUCUCCAAUUGCCAAUACAACUGAACUAGCUAGGCCAAGAAUCGUCAAUUUGAAAUCACUGAAAAUGGCUGCUUUGCAUUUCCGAGGAGAACGAGCUCAUGGAUGGACGCUAAACGAUGUGAAGACCUAUGAGCUGGCUGUCACUCAUUAUUUCAAAAAUGAAUUCCACUCGGAUGAAGUGACCGUGUUGACCCUUUCAACGAGUUAUGUCGAAGCUGAGGUCGUUCGAGCUGGAUAUAAAAUGUUACCCAUCUUCAUCAUCGGUUUCGGCAUUAUGUUAGCGAUUUCGAGCUUAACAACGUUCAUUUCAGCCGCCUACAUGCAACAACUCACGAUACACAAAUUCUCUCUUGCAUUAUUCGCUUGUAUCACCCCGUUUAUGGCUUGUGGAACAGCUCUAGGAUUUUUAUUCAUUUUCGGAGUUCGAUUUGGAUCGAUUCUUUGCAUUUCACCGUUUCUUGUACUGGCUAUUGGUGUUGAUGAUGCUUAUUUAAUGAUUCAUGCAUGGCAAAGAGUCUCAAAAAGACUUCGAUCACAUCCAGUUGACGAUGAUUCACCAGGAUAUCGACUGGCUGAGGUGUUGACCGAUACAGGACCAGCCAUUAUCAUCUCUGCACUCACAAAUAUCCUCGCUGAUACAGUUGGAACAUUCACCGGAUGUCCUGAGAUCACACUUCUUUCUUAUGGAAAUAUGGCUUGUAUUGGUGUCGACUUUCUCUAUCAGAUCUCUUUCUACGCGGCCAUCAUGGCUUUAGCUGGGCGUUUCGAGAUCGGCGAUGAACAACAAAAGAAAAACAAGUUGAGUAUCGAGAUCGGUGAUGAAAAUUCGGUGGAUAUCUGUCAUGGGGAAUGCUGUCCAAAGGUCUCCGAGGGUUUCCACGAUGCGGUGAAGACGCAAUUCAACGCUUUCCUUGAUGGAUACGUGAAUUUGGUGAACAAUCGCCUUUUCGAUACGGCUGUUUUCAUCGCCUGGGCUGCCUAUAUUGUGCUUUGUAUAUAUGGAAUCUCCAAUAUCAAAGUGAACAUUUCUUCGAAAAAGCUUUUUGCCGGCGAUUCUGAUCUCCAAAUAAUGGAAGAUCUCCGUUACAAACAUGUCUAUCCAUAUUAUGUCAUUGUACAAGUUUUUGUCAACAAUCCCGGAAAUCUCAGUGAUCCGAAAAGAUUAGAAAGACUUAAUACUUUUGUCUCAGAAUUUGAGCAAUUGCCUGGCGCAUGGGGAAAUGUUAGCACAAACUAUUUUAUUCGAGAUUUCAUGGAAUUCGAGGAAAUCAACCGGGAAAUGGAUGGGGAAGAGGGAGAUUUCAAGACAAAUUUCGAUCCAAAUGAUCUCCCGCAAUUCAUCGAAUGGACUGAAUACGAGUUUUGGAGGGGAUUUAUCCGGCUGUCAAACGAUAAAAACAACAACACACAUUUGGAUCGUUUCUUUUUCACAACCGCUUUUCAUGGGAAAGAAUUUUUGGCGUGGAAAACGCGAUCGAUUGCAAUGCAUCAAUGGAGAGAUGUCGUUGAUAAAUAUAAUCACGAGUUCAACUCGACAGUUUUCUACGACGAGGGAAUCUAUAUCGAUUUCAUGGACAAUAUGGCGACAGAUACCUGGCAGUCAGCUGCUGGCACUCUCUCCUGUAUGGCGUUGAUCUGUUUCAUUUUCAUGUAUGAUUUCUUCACUGUUGUCGUCUCAACGGCUGCCAUUGCAUCGGUGAUGGCUGGAAUUCUUGGCAUCAAUGCCCUCCUCGGAAUGGAACUCGAUCCAAUCGUGAUGGCCUCAUUGGCGGCAAUCUCGACAAAUCUUUGCGUUGUCGCUCUGCUCUUUGCUGACAUCUACACAUCGAGAGUUUUCGUUAGAAUCAUGCAAGCCUCAGCCAACAAGCCGACCGUUCAUCUCCCACCGGGUGCAAGUGGUGCUUCGUGGGCUGGAGAUCUUGCCCCAAUUGUGACGAAUCUUCGUGCAUGCACUGAUAUGGCAUGUCUUGUUCGCAAGGAGUACCGAAUGAUGAGCGAUUAUGAAAGACAACGAUUUCACGGAGCUGUGAAUACAUUGAAACAAAGUGGAACUUAUGAUCAAAUUGCGAAAAUGCACUCACAAAUGAGUCAAUCGGGCGGCGCACACUCGGGACCAGCAUUCCUUGCAUGGCAUCGAGAGUUCAUCAAAGAAGUCGAAUUCGAGUUACGCCGAAUCGAUCCCGAUAUCUACAUUCCCUACUGGGAUUCAGCUCUCGAAUCCCGUCUACCGAGACCCCAAGACUCGUCGUUUUUCUCUGCCGAAUUGAUGGGAACGGGCAGUGGAAAUGUGGUUGAGGGACCGUUCGCUAAUUGGAGAACGAUUGAGAAUCAACCACUUCGACGAGCGGCCGGUGGUUCGGGUAAUCCGUUUACAGAUCGAGACAUCAAUUAUAUUCUCCAACAGCCCACAAUCACAAAUGUUCUCGCUUUUUCAGCAGCUCAAGAGCGAUGCCCUUACCGUCCGGACUUCAAUUGUUUAGAGUACACACACGGAAAUGUGCAUUUAUGGGUGGGAGGUCACAUGUUCGAUCAGAUGACGUCAGCGAAUGAUCCGAUCUUCUACUUGCAUCACUCUAACAUUGAUGGUCUCUCAAAUAAGUACACUGAUGAACUCUAUCAAUACGCACCCCGGCCCACAUGCACUUCUGUCAAUCCAGGUUGUGGGAGUCGUUUCCUCUUCUGCGAUGUCUCUCAUGGAGCUCCUCGAUGUGCAGCAAAGAUUCGAGUUGGCGGAAGUUGUCAAGGCUUCGUUCGGGGUGAGGACUCAUGCUACAAUGGGGUCUGUUGGCAAGGAGUGUGUCGGCCUGGGGCUGUUGCAACAACAACCGUAGCUCCGACGAUCACCGUCCGCCCAUCGCUACCCGUCCCCAAUGUUGUGGAUUGCUGGAACGAGAACCAAUGUUGUCAGGCAUGGGCGGCAAGGGGCGAAUGCACAACGAACAGGGGAUACAUGCAAGAUUUCUGCAAAGCUUCCUGCAAUAUCUGUCGACCAAAUCCACCAAUUCGUGAUGAUUGCUCUGAUCGUCAUCCAACGUGCGGCUCUUGGACGAGCACCGGUGAAUGCACAAAGAACCCUGAUUGGAUGACUGAGAACUGUCGUCGCAGCUGUAAUCGGUGUCAACAGACGCGAGCGCAAGCCUGCUCCCGGGGACAAACCUCGGUAACACAAGCGCCGCGAGAGCAAUGCGAGAAUUCCCCGGGUUGUUUCAAUGAGUACGCUUGUUGCCCACAUUGGGCUAAUCAGGGCCAAUGUCGCAGCAAUCCGAGCUUCAUGAUGUGCAAUUGUCGGGUCUCGUGCGGCAUGUGUUUCCCGACCGAUUACCCGUAUGGAGCUUGUGUCGAUUACCAUCGUGAUUGCCAAGCAUGGACUCGAAGUGGAGAAUGUCGAAAGAACCCGUGGAUGGAAGAGAAUUGUCGCUCGAGUUGUCAAACUUGUUUUGCCCAAUGGGACCUUCGAUCGAUGUGUGGAUCAACGGCAAAUGCGGGCAUAAUAUCCGGAAGUCGUGGCGCCUCAUUUGCUUCACGCACAGCGCCAGCAACAGCAAUGAGAGCCCGACCGAGGGCUCGUCCAAGAGCAAGAAUUGCCCCAAGAUUGAUCGCCGGUAAUCGUCAAGCAGCUCAAACGAGACAAGUGCCAAGAGCAGGAUGGGGUGGUUGGGAUGAUUCAUGGAAUGGCAAUUUCGACAUGGGAAAUGUCGGAUGGGGAUUCGGUGGAUGGGGGAGAAGACGAAGGGACACUCAACAGUUUAACAAUACAAUU